UUUUUUUAAUCUAAUGAGAGAUUAUGUUGAGAAUUGAGGCUCGUAUUCUUAUCAACCUUCGAAAUAAACCUUCUAGAUGCUUCUCGAAUCCAUCAAUGCUCAACUCGACCUCCUCAAGCUUAUUUUGUAGGUCAUCACGAGAGCAACAUAUCGCGGAAUCCAAACUCUCCAACUCGUUCUUGGUCUCCUCACGAAGAUCCUUCUUUUUCAUUAGUACUGAAGUCAGCUUGGUCUUAAUGUUACUUUGUCGUCCGGACAAGAACUCCAAGAAUGACUUCAACACCGAGACACUAACGGAAACUUCUCGUCUCAUCGCAUCAAUAACCGCCACAAGACUUUCAUCUUGUUGGCUAUUACUCACCCCGAACAUGGACACGACUGUAACGACCCAGAUUUUUUUCUGGUGGGCCAGUUUGGCCUUUAUUAAAAACUAAAGUCUAAUUCUCUCUUUUUACUUUGUCCCACAUUAGAUGUUUAGAAAACCUACCUCCCUUCCCUUCUCCUAUAUAAGAAACUCCAUCAUUUCUCUUUAUUCUCAUCAAGUCAAAGUAUUUCUUUGCGUGUGACGAGUUGUUGUUGAAUUAUUCGACGACCAGUCACUAGUGAAUUUUCCGGUGGGAUUUCCGGGUGAGCUUCCGGCGAGAUUUCUGGACGAGCUUCCGGUGAGAUUUCUAGACGAGCUUCCGGCGGGUUUUCUAUUGACCUCAGCUGACCGCAUCUUCCGUUGUUCAUUUCAGCCUGUGGCUAAGGUGAGGGCUAUCCCAUUAAAUCCCGAGCUAGUUUAGUACUACUAUUAUGGAAAGUUUAGUUUCGAAACAUGAUCCGUCUCUGUGAAUUGAGUCUGUUUGAGAGUCUUGUUUGUUUAUUAUUACUAUUGAUUGUUAAACCGGAAAUAGGAUAAUAGAGGAUUCAACGGUUGACUGAAUUGAAUGAAUUAAGAACUGUUAUUUAUAUAUGUAUAUACAUAAGUAUGUUAUGAGAUUGCGGGGCACAAAGAUGUUGUGCUAACGGCGCAUUGUGUGGAGAUUGCGGGACACAGAGACGUUUGUGUUAGCGGCGCAUUGUAUGGAGAUUGCGGGGCAUAUAGACGUCUAUGCUAGCGGCGCAUUGUAUGAGGGAUUGCGGGGUACAAAGACGUUUGUACUAGCGGCGCAUAGGUGAUUGCGGGGUACAAGGAUGGACUCUUGUACUAGCGGCGCAUAGAGUUAUAUAUUUAUAUCCGUAUAAGGAGAAUGCGGGGUGUGUGAUCUAGUUAUGCACUAUCAGCGCAUUUGAUGUUUUUAUGUGGUGUAUUAGACACUGUGUUUGUUUUAUGCUAGAACUAGGCCUACAUAGUCGUAGUGCUAUGUACUGAGUCAGUGGUUUGUGGUUUAGCAUCCCAUACCUCACGGAGUAACUCCCCUGUUACUCACCCCUCUUUCUUCCCCCUUUCAGGUGAGACCGACGAGCAGGAGUGAUUACUAUCGGAUUGGUGCUUUGGGAGUUUUAUCUCUUUAAGUUUCAGACUUGCGGUUUUUAUGAUUUUAUCGAUAUUUUCAGGUUUUAUUAUAUUAUCUGGAUUUACGACUUUGGAGUUGACUUUAGAGAAGUAAUAAAUGGAGAUUUCGGACUUUAUAUUUAUUUAUUUUAUUUUGGAAAAUACGGGUGUUACAAUUUGGUAUCAGAGCGGGUUCCGUCCCGGCUCUGACCCGGGAUGGCGAUUUGUUGGGACGUAGUUUCGACUCGGUUUUUAAUCGGUUUUCGACAUUUUUAAAAUAUUUAUGAGAAUAUUGGAAUUUUAAAAAUAAAAGUAAAUAGCACCUUUCUGUUUGGUAUUGUGUCUAGAAUCGUUGGUGUUCGGUUUCGGCAGAAGUUUAUUGAGGUGCUUUUUCCUUUCAGAUGCCGCCGCGUAAGAGAGUUGUUCGCACUCAGUCCGCUAGUGCUUCACGAGAGGGUGGAGAUGAGAAUGUGCCGCCACCGGCUCCACCGAUUGAUCAGGAUGCCCUUAGGCAGAUGGUGCAGGAUGCUGCCAGACAGGCUGCACAUGAGGCAGUUCAGCAAGCUGUCCAGGAGGCUGCUAGAGUAGCUGCACAAGAAGUGGUUAGGCAGAUGGCUGCAGCUCAGCAGGUUCCGCCAGUUCAGGUUCAGGGGCAUCAGCAGCCCCCUAUUCAGCCGGUUCGACCAGUUCAGGUUCAGGGGCAGCAGCAGCCCCCUAUUCAGCAGGUUCCUGAGGUUGAUGAGACGCUUAUGGAGGUGAUGAAACAGAUGAAAACUGUGGAUUUGGAGACUUUUGGGGGAACAGUAGACCCUUUUCAGGCUUAUAAUUGGAAGCAUAGAUUAGCUACGUGUCUGCAGACUAUCAAUUGUCCGUUGCGCCUUUGCCUUAAUAUCGCAGAGUUGUAUCUGCGUGGGGAUGCAUUAGUAUGGUGGGAUGGAGUGCAAUCGAUGCGUGAUGGCGAUAUGACUUAUGAGGAUUUCCUCAUUGCGUUCGACAAGAAGUAUUUUCCUAGAGAAGCAUUGCACCAGAAGAAGAAUGCUUUUGAGCAUCUGAGGCAGGGUACUAGGAGUGUCAGAGAGUAUGAGCGGGAGUUUUGCCAACUCCGCUUGUUUGCUGGUAAUAAUUUUGAUGCGGAAGACUUGAUCAGGAGAUUCUUAGAUGGGAUGCGAGUUGAUCUUCGCGGGAGGUGCAGUAUGGUUACUUACACGAGCUUGGAGAAUCUGGUAGAGAAGGCUGCUGUGCAGGAGGCAUGUAUUGCAGAGGAGCAGAAGUACUCUAAGGCCCAACCUAAGACUGAAAGAACUUCAGAGUCACCGAACAUGGCAGGGGAUCAGUCAGGAACACCCAGUUGUGAGCGCUGCCAUCGCUACCAUUUUGGAGAUUGCGUGAUGUGUUUUGCAUGUGGGCGGUUAGGCCAUGUGGCCAAGUAUUGUCGAUUUACAAAAGUGGAUGGUACUGGUACCGGACAGGUUACAGCACCAACGACACUAGCAGCGGCUUCAAAGAAGUGUUAUGGCUGUGGCCAGCCUGGUCACAUUUUCAGGGAUUGCCCGAGGGGGGGACGUGUAGAGAAUCCAUCACCAGCUAAGCGCCAGGCUAUCGCACCACGAGUAGCAAGAGGCAACGAGAGAGUUGAGCCGGCUGAUGGUAUGUAUCUUUUCACUUUGGUAGUUUACGUUUGUGCAUGUUGUCUUUUGCGGUUAUCAUUUGUUUAAAAAAAAGAAGUUGUGCUUAAGAUCAGUAGCGCCUGAGUAUGAGAGAUUUCACCUUAUUUGAUAUGGGAGGACCACAUAGUUUGGAGUGUCUACAGCGAACAAACGUCUUUAUAACAAAGUUAACUCAUGCUGAAGACAUCUUAUUCCUUUUCUCGACUCAGGAUUUGAAUUCGGGGACGAAUUCCUUCUUAGUGGGGAAGAAUUGUAACGACCCAGAUUUUUUCUGGUGGGCCAGUUUGGCCUUUAUUAAAAACUAAAGUCUAAUUCUCUCUUUUUACUUUGUCCCACAUUGGAUGUUUAGAAAACCUACCUCCCUUCCCUUCUCCUAUAUAAGAAACUCCAUCAUUUCUCUUUAUUCUCAUCAAGUCAAAGUAUUUCUUUGCGUGUGACGAGUUGUUGUUGAAUUAUUCGACGACCAGUCACUAGUGAAUUUUCCGGUGGGAUUUCCGGGUGAGCUUCCGGCGAGAUUUCUGGACGAGCUUCCGGUGAGAUUUCUAGACGAGCUUCCGGCGGGUUUUCUAUUGACCUCAGCUGACCGCAUCUUCCGUUGUUCAUUUCAGCCUGUGGCUAAGGUGAGGGCUAUCCCAUUAAAUCCCGAGCUAGUUUAGUACUACUAUUAUGGAAAGUUUAGUUUCGAAACAUGAUCCGUCUCUGUGAAUUGAGUCUGUUUGAGAGUCUUGUUUGUUUAUUAUUACUAUUGAUUGUUAAACCGGAAAUAGGAUAAUAGAGGAUUCAACGGUUGACUGAAUUGAAUGAAUUAAGAACUGUUAUUUAUAUAUGUAUAUACAUAAGUAUGUUAUGAGAUUGCGGGGCACAAAGAUGUUGUGCUAACGGCGCAUUGUGUGGAGAUUGCGGGACACAGAGACGUUUGUGUUAGCGGCGCAUUGUAUGGAGAUUGCGGGGCAUAUAGACGUCUAUGCUAGCGGCGCAUUGUAUGAGGGAUUGCGGGGUACAAAGACGUUUGUACUAGCGGCGCAUAGGUGAUUGCGGGGUACAAGGAUGGACUCUUGUACUAGCGGCGCAUAGAGUUAUAUAUUUAUAUCCGUAUAAGGAGAAUGCGGGGUGUGUGAUCUAGUUAUGCACUAUCAGCGCAUUUGAUGUUUUUAUGUGGUGUAUUAGACACUGUGUUUGUUUUAUGCUAGAACUAGGCCUACAUAGUCGUAGUGCUAUGUACUGAGUCAGUGGUUUGUGGUUUAGCAUCCCAUACCUCACGGAGUAACUCCCCUGUUACUCACCCCUCUUUCUUCCCCCUUUCAGGUGAGACCGACGAGCAGGAGUGAUUACUAUCGGAUUGGUGCUUUGGGAGUUUUAUCUCUUUAAGUUUCAGACUUGCGGUUUUUAUGAUUUUAUCGAUAUUUUCAGGUUUUAUUAUAUUAUCUGGAUUUACGACUUUGGAGUUGACUUUAGAGAAGUAAUAAAUGGAGAUUUCGGACUUUAUAUUUAUUUAUUUUAUUUUGGAAAAUACGGGUGUUACAAUUUGGUAUCAGAGCGGGUUCCGUCCCGGCUCUGACCCGGGAUGGCGAUUUGUUGGGACGUAGUUUCGACUCGGUUUUUAAUCGGUUUUCGACAUUUUUAAAAUAUUUAUGAGAAUAUUGGAAUUUUAAAAAUAAAAGUAAAUAGCACCUUUCUGUUUGGUAUUGUGUCUAGAAUCGUUGGUGUUCGGUUUCGGCAGAAGUUUAUUGAGGUGCUUUUUCCUUUCAGAUGCCGCCGCGUAAGAGAGUUGUUCGCACUCAGUCCGCUAGUGCUUCACGAGAGGGUGGAGAUGAGAAUGUGCCGCCACCGGCUCCACCGAUUGAUCAGGAUGCCCUUAGGCAGAUGGUGCAGGAUGCUGCCAGACAGGCUGCACAUGAGGCAGUUCAGCAAGCUGUCCAGGAGGCUGCUAGAGUAGCUGCACAAGAAGUGGUUAGGCAGAUGGCUGCAGCUCAGCAGGUUCCGCCAGUUCAGGUUCAGGGGCAUCAGCAGCCCCCUAUUCAGCCGGUUCGACCAGUUCAGGUUCAGGGGCAGCAGCAGCCCCCUAUUCAGCAGGUUCCUGAGGUUGAUGAGACGCUUAUGGAGGUGAUGAAACAGAUGAAAACUGUGGAUUUGGAGACUUUUGGGGGAACAGUAGACCCUUUUCAGGCUUAUAAUUGGAAGCAUAGAUUAGCUACGUGUCUGCAGACUAUCAAUUGUCCGUUGCGCCUUUGCCUUAAUAUCGCAGAGUUGUAUCUGCGUGGGGAUGCAUUAGUAUGGUGGGAUGGAGUGCAAUCGAUGCGUGAUGGCGAUAUGACUUAUGAGGAUUUCCUCAUUGCGUUCGACAAGAAGUAUUUUCCUAGAGAAGCAUUGCACCAGAAGAAGAAUGCUUUUGAGCAUCUGAGGCAGGGUACUAGGAGUGUCAGAGAGUAUGAGCGGGAGUUUUGCCAACUCCGCUUGUUUGCUGGUAAUAAUUUUGAUGCGGAAGACUUGAUCAGGAGAUUCUUAGAUGGGAUGCGAGUUGAUCUUCGCGGGAGGUGCAGUAUGGUUACUUACACGAGCUUGGAGAAUCUGGUAGAGAAGGCUGCUGUGCAGGAGGCAUGUAUUGCAGAGGAGCAGAAGUACUCUAAGGCCCAACCUAAGACUGAAAGAACUUCAGAGUCACCGAACAUGGCAGGGGAUCAGUCAGGAACACCCAGUUGUGAGCGCUGCCAUCGCUACCAUUUUGGAGAUUGCGUGAUGUGUUUUGCAUGUGGGCGGUUAGGCCAUGUGGCCAAGUAUUGUCGAUUUACAAAAGUGGAUGGUACUGGUACCGGACAGGUUACAGCACCAACGACACUAGCAGCGGCUUCAAAGAAGUGUUAUGGCUGUGGCCAGCCUGGUCACAUUUUCAGGGAUUGCCCGAGGGGGGGACGUGUAGAGAAUCCAUCACCAGCUAAGCGCCAGGCUAUCGCACCACGAGUAGCAAGAGGCAACGAGAGAGUUGAGCCGGCUGAUGGUAUGUAUCUUUUCACUUUGGUAGUUUACGUUUGUGCAUGUUGUCUUUUGCGGUUAUCAUUUGUUUAAAAAAAAGAAGUUGUGCUUAAGAUCAGUAGCGCCUGAGUAUGAGAGAUUUCACCUUAUUUGAUAUGGGAGGACCACAUAGUUUGGAGUGUCUACAGCGAACAAACGUCUUUAUAACAAAGUUAACUCAUGCUGAAGACAUCUUAUUCCUUUUCUCGACUCAGGAUUUGAAUUCGGGGACGAAUUCCUUCUUAGUGGGGAAGAAUUGUAACGACCCAGAUUUUUUCUGGUGGGCCAGUUUGGCCUUUAUUAAAAACUAAAGUCUAAUUCUCUCUUUUUACUUUGUCCCACAUUGGAUGUUUAGAAAACCUACCUCCCUUCCCUUCUCCUAUAUAAGAAACUCCAUCAUUUCUCUUUAUUCUCAUCAAGUCAAAGUAUUUCUUUGCGUGUGACGAGUUGUUGUUGAAUUAUUCGACGACCAGUCACUAGUGAAUUUUCCGGUGGGAUUUCCGGGUGAGCUUCCGGCGAGAUUUCUGGACGAGCUUCCGGUGAGAUUUCUAGACGAGCUUCCGGCGGGUUUUCUAUUGACCUCAGCUGACCGCAUCUUCCGUUGUUCAUUUCAGCCUGUGGCUAAGGUGAGGGCUAUCCCAUUAAAUCCCGAGCUAGUUUAGUACUACUAUUAUGGAAAGUUUAGUUUCGAAACAUGAUCCGUCUCUGUGAAUUGAGUCUGUUUGAGAGUCUUGUUUGUUUAUUAUUACUAUUGAUUGUUAAACCGGAAAUAGGAUAAUAGAGGAUUCAACGGUUGACUGAAUUGAAUGAAUUAAGAACUGUUAUUUAUAUAUGUAUAUACAUAAGUAUGUUAUGAGAUUGCGGGGCACAAAGAUGUUGUGCUAACGGCGCAUUGUGUGGAGAUUGCGGGACACAGAGACGUUUGUGUUAGCGGCGCAUUGUAUGGAGAUUGCGGGGCAUAUAGACGUCUAUGCUAGCGGCGCAUUGUAUGAGGGAUUGCGGGGUACAAAGACGUUUGUACUAGCGGCGCAUAGGUGAUUGCGGGGUACAAGGAUGGACUCUUGUACUAGCGGCGCAUAGAGUUAUAUAUUUAUAUCCGUAUAAGGAGAAUGCGGGGUGUGUGAUCUAGUUAUGCACUAUCAGCGCAUUUGAUGUUUUUAUGUGGUGUAUUAGACACUGUGUUUGUUUUAUGCUAGAACUAGGCCUACAUAGUCGUAGUGCUAUGUACUGAGUCAGUGGUUUGUGGUUUAGCAUCCCAUACCUCACGGAGUAACUCCCCUGUUACUCACCCCUCUUUCUUCCCCCUUUCAGGUGAGACCGACGAGCAGGAGUGAUUACUAUCGGAUUGGUGCUUUGGGAGUUUUAUCUCUUUAAGUUUCAGACUUGCGGUUUUUAUGAUUUUAUCGAUAUUUUCAGGUUUUAUUAUAUUAUCUGGAUUUACGACUUUGGAGUUGACUUUAGAGAAGUAAUAAAUGGAGAUUUCGGACUUUAUAUUUAUUUAUUUUAUUUUGGAAAAUACGGGUGUUACAACGACCCUCCAUCGAUUUUCUUCAAGGAUCCAAUAAGCUUCUUAGCUUCCUUUCUCAUGUUCUUUCUAAAUCCGACAUAGCCGGAGAUAGC